GCUCUCCACACUCGCGCGGCCCAUCGUCCUCUACCGCUCGUGGACUGUCACUUGGAUUUUAAACUGAUACACGCGACCAUCAACGGGACAAGAAACAUUUACGACAGAAAACUCACUGAGAAUAAACGUUCCUCGAAGAAAUAAGUAUUCCAGAAUAAUUGACCUUUUCUGCAGGUGCAGUUUUUAUCUUUGAGCUGACGGAUCGCGGAGAGAGUCUGCAUUUCUACAGGUAAACUAUGACCAGGUGGAUUGUAUUACUUUGUGUUUGUCUGUCCGUCACCUCGGAAACAUUCAACAAUUAUCAGCAAAUCAGCAGCUAUGAGGAGCACUCCUUUCUGGACCCUGAGGACACACUGAGUGUGAGCAUCCCCCUGGAGCUGCCUCAGCGCCCUCUACUGGGCAGCACCUUGGUACUACCCUGUUACUUCCAGGACCACACCGUCCACGACCCCGGCGCCCCCACCAUUGCCCCCCUGUCCCACCGCAUCAAAUGGAGCCGCAUCACCAAGGAGCGUGUCUCUGUCAUCCUGGUGGCCAUGGACGGAGAGGUCAAGGUGGAGGAGGACUAUCUGGACCGGGUCCACAUGGUGGGCUACCCCCAGACCCCCACUGACGCCAGCAUCAAGAUCACAGAGUUGAGGUCCAACGACACCGGCACCUACCGAUGUGAGGUCCAGCACGGCAUCGAGGACAACCAUGACACUGUGGACGUCCUGGUUCAAGGUAUCGUGUUUCACUACCGGGCCAUCACGACACGCUACACUCUGACCUUUGAGAAGGCCAAGGCAGCCUGUAUCCAGAACAGUGCUGUGAUCGCGACCCCAGAGCAGCUCCAGGCCGCGUACGAUGACGGCUUCCACCAGUGUGAUGCCGGCUGGCUCUCUGACCAGACAGUCAGGUACCCAAUCCAUGAUCCACGUGAGAAUUGCUAUGGCGACAAAGACGAGUUCCCCGGGGUGCGAACCUACGGAGUGAGAGAUGUCAACGAGACUUACGACGUGUACUGUUUUGCCGAGAAGAUGACAGGCAGUGUGUUCUACUCUGGCUCUGUGGCUAAGUUCACCUACUCUGAGGCUGAGGAACAGUGUAGUAAGCAGGGGGCCCUGUUGGCCACCACUGGACAGCUGUACCUGGCCUGGCAGGCUGGUCUGGAUGUGUGCAAUGCAGGCUGGCUAGGAGACAGGAGCGUCCGCUACCCCAUCAAUGUCCGGAGGCCGCAGUGCGGAGGGGGUCUGCUGGGGGUACGGACCGUGUACCUCCACGUCAACCAGACGGGGUACCCCCUCCCCGAAUCCCGCUAUGAUGCCUACUGCUACACAGAAACGGACGAGGAGGGCUCAGGCAUGGUGGUGCCCAUCGAGGCGGGCAGCGGCGUGCUGAGCGUUGCCACGGUGACCCAGGGUCCUCCCGAGGUGUUCUUCAGGAACAUGACCACAGAGAGCGAGGCGCUGGGCGAGGACCUGGCCACCCAGAAACCCACUAGUGUGGACUUCACCUUCGGCACUGAUUUGCCCCUGCCACAGCCGCCCAGUGUCACCGAGCUGCCACAGCCGCCCAGUGUCACCGAGCUGUCCCUACCACAGCUGCCCAGUGUCACCGAGCUGCCCCUACCACAGCUGCCCAGUGUCACCGAGCUGCCCCUACCACAGCCGCCCAGUGUCACCGAGCUGCCCCUGCCACAGCCGCCCAGUGUCACCGAGCUGCCACAGCCGCCCAGUGUCACCGAGCUGCCCCUACCACAGCUGCCCAGUGUCACCGAGCUGCCCCUACCACAGCCGCCCAGUGUGACAGAGUUGGUUGUGGAUGUGGUGGGGAGAGUAACGGCCAGGCCGGAUGUGGGGAGUCAGAUCGGCGAAGUGAGCAGAUCAGGAUAUUUAUUUUCUGCUACAGGCGUGGUGUUUCACUACCGUGCUGGAUCUAGUCGCUAUGCCUUCACCUUCGUGGAGGCCCAGCUGGCCUGUCAGAGUGUUGGAGCCUCCAUCGCCACCCCAGAGCAGCUCCAGGCUGCCUAUGAGGCCGGCUACAACCAGUGUGAUGCAGGCUGGCUUCUGGAUCAGACCGUCAGGUAUCCCAUCGUGUCUCCUCUGGAGAAGUGCUCUGGGGAUCUGGAGACUUUACCAGGAGUGAGGACCUAUGGACUGAGGCCCGCUGACGAACACUACGAUGUGUACUGCUACGUGGACAGACUCAGGGGUGAUGUGUUCCAUGCUGGCUCUAGUGAGGGCUUCACCUAUGACGGUGCUCUGGCUCACUGUCAGGAGCUGAACGCUACCCUGGCCUCUACUGGCCAGCUCUACGCCGCCUGGAGACAAGGCUUGGAUAAGUGCCGCGCAGGUUGGCUAAUCGACCGGAGUGUCCGGUACCCCAUCACCAACCCCCGGGCGGCGUGUGGUGCAGAGAAGGCAGGGGUGUACACAGUAUACACCCACAACAACCAGACGGGAUACCCAGACCUGUAUUCCAGAUAUGACGCCUACUGCUUCAAAGUGGACAUCUUGUUUGUCGCCAAUGAAACUGGAUUGAACAUCACAGAGAUAGAAGAGGCUUUGGUUAACCUCACAUCCAUCACUGAUUUGCUGAGGCCUGUCCUGCCUUCCAUCACUCCUCCCAUCUCUGUGGAGUCCUCAGGCUCUGGUUCCGGGGCCUCUGGGGCGAGUGGAUCCUCCGGAGAUCUCUCUGGUGAUCACUCCGGUGAACUGCCUCAUUCCGGGGAUCUGUCCGGGUCAGGUGAUCUUUCAGGCAGCGGAAGUGCAGAGAUUCCCAGCGGAUCAUCUGGUCUGAGUAGUGGAGAUGCGUCCGGCUCGGGGCUGAGUGGAGACGGAUCGGGAAUAACGGUCACUUCAGGGAGGGGCAGUGUUUUAUCCGGUUUGGGCUCUGGGGAUCCUCAGGAGGCUGGAGAGGGAAUAAUGGUCACCUUCUCUUCAGGGAGUGGCAGUGUUUUAUCCGGUUUGGGCUCUGGGGGUCCUCAGGAGGCUGGAGAGGGAAUAACGGUCACCUUCUCUUCAGGGAGUGGCAGCGUUUUAUCCGGUUUGGGCUCUGGGGGUCCACAGGAGGCUGGAGAGGGAAUCACUGGGAUCCUCACCUUCCCCACGGAAAUGGGAUUGGGAAUGUUCAGUGGCAGUGGGUUCCUGUCGGGAUCGGGAAGUGGCUCCGGUGUCAGUUCUGAGGAGAGCGGCUCUUCAUCUGACAGCUCCAGCAGCUCUGGGGAAAGUGGGGAGUUGUCUGGAAUGUCGUCCGGCUCCAGCUCUAGUUCCAGUGAGGAGUUUUCCGGAUUUCCCUCAGGAUUCUUUCCCUCAGGAGGCUCCAGUGGUCAUUCGGGAGAGGAGUCGGGAAGCGGAGACACUCAGGUCCUGCUGAUCGAUGGUAAACUGGUGGAGGUUUCCACCUCUCACACACACAAAGAGAAGGAGCUGGGUGGAGGGGGCCUGGAAUUCAGCGGCUCCGGAUCUGGCAGCAGUGGCUCAGGGUUCUUCCCGAGUGUGACCUUCUUGGGGUCAGGGUUUACUGACCUCACAGGGUCAGCCUCAGGGGAACAGGAGGCCUCGGGGUCUCUCCACUACAGCUCCAGAAGUGGUGAUAACAGCGGUUCGGACUCGGGCAGCAGUGGCUCAGGGUCCUUCCCCGGUGUGACCUUCUUGGGGUCAGGGUUUACCGACCUCACAGAGUCAGCCUCAGGAGAACAGGAGGCCUCGGGGUCUCUCCACUACAGCUCCGGAAGUGGUGAUAUCAGCGGUUCGGCCUCGGGCAGCAGCGGCUCAGGGUUCUUCCCGGGUGUGACCUUCUUGGGGUCAGGGUUUACUGACCUUACGGGGUCAGCCUCAGGGGAACAGGAGGCCUCGGGGUCUCUCCACUACGGCUCCAGAAGUGGUGAUAACAGCGGUUCGGACUCGGGCAGCAGCGGCUCAGGGUCCUUCCCGGGUGUGACCUUCUUGGGCUCAGGGUUUACUGACCUCACAGGGUCAGCCUCAGGGGAACAGGAGGCCUCGGGGUCUCUCCACUACGGCUCCAGAAGUGGUGAUAACAGCGGUUCGGACUCGGGCAGCAGUGGCUCAGGGUCCUUCCCAGGUGUGACCUUCUUGGGGUCAGGGUUUACUGACCUCACAGGGUCAGCCUCAGGAGAACAGGAGGCCUCGGGGUCUCUCCACUACAGCUCCGGAAGUGGUGAUAUCAGCGGUUCGGCCUCGGGCAGCAGCGGCUCAGGGUUCUUCCCGGGUGUGACCUUCUUGGGGUCAGGGUUUACUGACCUCACAGGGUCAGCCUCAGGAGAACAGGAGGCCUCGGGGUCUCUCCACUACGGAUACGGAGCGGGAAGAGGUGGAUACGCAUCAGGGUUCGGAACGUCGGGCUUCCUAUCCGGGGACAUGUCUGGAAUCUCCAGAUCCUCCACCAGCGAUGAGGAGGACAGCGCUGUCACCUUCCUGACUAAUGACUUCAUGACAGAGGUUUCCAAGGCGACCACGGUUUCCAUGGAGCUGGGGGCUGGGCCAGUGCAGUUCAGCGGGCAGGGAAGUGGGUCCCACACAUGGAGCGGUGCUGACCACCCAACCCAGGCCAGCGGUGUCUCAUCUGGGGCACACUCUGGAGAUCUGCUCCCUGUGGUGCUGUCCUCUCCGCCCAGCAACAGGGAGCUUAUGGAGGGCACAGAAGGGCCAGAGGAGGCCAUGGCUGAGCUGGGGGAGACCACCAGCGAGUUUUACGUGACCUUUGCCCCUGACCUUGCUCCUGCCGGAUUGGCUGCCCCAGCCAUCUCCCUGCAGACCCCUGCCGUCAUGGAGAAGCCAUCCUCAGAGGAGGGUAUCCCUAACCCAUGUGACCCUAACCCGUGUGGUGCUGGGUCAUGCUCAGUGGAGGAUGGUGUUGGGUUGUGCCAGUGUCCGCCCGGGAAAGUGGGAGAAGGGUGCCAGUAUGAGGUUGAUGUGUGCCAUUCCAACCCUUGUGCCAAUGGAGCCACCUGUGUGGAAAAUGCAGACUCUUACAAAUGCUUAUGCCUGCCCAGCUACGGAGGGGACCGCUGCGAGAUUGACGAGCAGGAUUGUGAGGAGGGGUGGACUAAGUUUCAGGGCAACUGUUACCUGCACUUCCCCGAGAGAGAGACCUGGCUGCAGGCCGAGCAGCGCUGCCGAGACCUCAGCGCUCACCUGGUCAGCAUCAUCACCCCAGAGGAACAGCACUUUGUCAACUCCAACGGCCAGGACUACCAGUGGAUUGGACUCAAUGACAAGACAGUGGAGAAUGACUUCCGCUGGAUAGACGGCACACCACUGCAAUUUGAGAACUGGCGGCCGAACCAGCCGGAUAACUACUUUAACUCUGGAGAAGACUGUGUGGUGAUGAUCUGGCAUGAGAACGGCCAAUGGAACGACGUUCCCUGCAACUACCACCUGCCCUUCACCUGCAAGACUGGCCCAGUCUACUGUGGCGCACCGCCAGAGGUGGAGAAUGCCAAGAUGUUCGGCAGCAGGCGGGAGCAGUAUACUGUGGGGUCCAUCAUCCGCUACCAUUGUAACCCAGGCCUCCUACAGCGCCACCUGCCUGUGGUGCGCUGCAUGGCAGACGGACAGUGGGAGAAGCCACAGGUGGAAUGCCUGGGCGCAGUGCCCUCCCCCAGUAACAGAAUACAGCGCAGAUCGAUCAGAAGGCGAGGAGAAUCAACCAGCAGCAAACGUCACUAAGCAGGGAAGACUAAGGGAGAUCUCUUGAAGAUAAUUAUUUUAUAAGAACAUUUACAGAACACAGAAGCCAUUUUCUAACUUACUAACGAGGUUUGAAUGUUUGAAGUACCCACCUUGUACAUAAGACCAAAUCAACUUUGAGCAGUAACAUUGUCUUUUCAGUUUGUCACUCUCUGACUAUUUAAAAAAAUAUAUAAAUUAAGCCAUUAUGUAAUUGUAUGUUUUUGUCAUUCUUGUCCCAAAAUAAUGACAUGUUUUCAUUAUAUAUAAGAGUUGUUUAUUGUUUGGAGUUUUAUUGUUAUUAUUCAUAUACUUUUUGGUUUUGGUGGAUUGUGAUGCCGUCGAUAAGAUUCACCUUUUACUGCAGUGGGCUAAAUCAGGGUCACAUAAAUCUACUUUGAAACAAAAGUAUACACCUCACACACAUGGUUAUGGGCUUAAAAUAAAUAAGACACCUGCACCAUGUCACAUAUAGAGUUGAAAUGUAUUACAUUUUGAGUUUGCAUCCCAUUAUUACACUUUAUAUACAUUACAGAAAACUGAAAUAUAACAAAACCGUUUGACAUAGAAAAAACAGAUUUGUUCAAAAUAAUGCUUAUAAUUAUGAAAUUAUGAAAAAUAUGAAUAACAUUCCACCCAUGAGGCCACUAGGUCAUUUGACUGCAGGAAAAGGCUAUGGGAGGGGAUAAUAAGGGAGAUAUUAUUUAUUUCAUCUCUAAGUCAUAAAGAGAAAGCUAGCGAAGCCGACACAGCAGGCUACUGUGUCCGUCUGUAUUUCAAACCUACAUCAUUUGUUUAGAGCAGAAGGGAGACAGAGUGCCUGAUGUGAAUAAUACACAGCAAUGCUAGAAUCUCUGCCUGCCACACUGGAGAGGCAACAUCAUGCAAUCUACUGAGGCUGCCCUAAAAUAAGAGAGUGAAAGAGGACUCAACUUCUCAAAUAAGAGAGAGAGGACUCAACUUCUCAAAUAAGAGAGAGAGGACUCAACUUCUCAAAUAAGAGAGAGAGGACUCAACUUCUCAAAUAAGAGAGAGAGGACUCAACUUCUCUCUCAGGUUCAGUAGUGACACGGAAUAAUAAAAAAACAACAGGCUUGGGGUUCAAUUCCAUUUAAAUUUCAGUCAGUUAAUUCAUUGAAGUUCACUGUAUUUAUUUCCUGAGGGGAUUGGAAUUGAAUCUGAAUUUUGGUUUGUCAACAAUGUUGUUGGCCUAAACAGGACCAAACGGAUGAAUGUCAUUGGUCAGUUUGACACUUUCAUCGUCUCACACAAGGCUGUGCAGUGCAUAGCAACUCCAUGGGACCAGUUUUAUUAACAACAGCAGUAGCUUUCAGAUCAAAUGUUUCUCUUCAUUGUCUGUUUUGUUUCACAGAAAAACCUCAGCGGACACAUUUAUUUCAACUCCAGAUCCAUCGCCAUUUUAAUCGCUUGUAGUCCUUCAGUUUUGUAUUGAAUGCAUAGCCUGCUGUUAUAUCUGAUGAAGAUAUAGAUGCUUCAUUCAUUGUUUCUGUUUACAGGAGGCUGUGCCUCCUCCUUCAACACACCGUCAUAUGUCUUGCUGGGCAAAAGCUUCACCUGCAAUCAUAAACCAUAUACCAAUCAAAGAGAUGACGGAGAGGUUCCACAAAGAACAGGCUUAAAGCAAUUCUAUACCUGGAACUUCCGAUGACAGAAGUGUCAUUUAAAGCUACACACACCAUUAUGUUUUACUGUACCCCUGCAGGGCUGAACGUAUUAAGAGCUUUUAGAAGAUAAUAACACAAUAACCAGGUCUAGUGUAUAGAAUAAAAAGGACAUAAAUGCCUCCUGGCAUUGCUGAGGGAUGAUUGUCUCCAAAGCAGCUGAAGCAACUUGACAAAGGGGCGUAGAGCAGUGUUUAGCAACCUUUUACUACCAGUGAUUGGCAAACUAUGACCCCUUGACAACUAACCGUCUGAGGGACCUGUCAGUAACAUCCCUGGGAAAGGUGCCGGUCCACGGACCAGAGGUUGAGAAACACUGGUGUAGAGCACUCCUGCAACUCCCCCGACCCUGCCAUCUGUUUAGGGUUGUGUACUGUAGGCACAAAACAGGAGCAAAAUGUUCUGAAAUGGAGCACGGGAUCAGUUACCUGAACACUUCUCCUGUUUUCUUCUGUUUCCCACUAGGCACUAACUGGUUGAAUCAACGUUGUUUCCAUGUCAUUUUAACAGCAAAGAUCUAUGUGAUGACAUUGAAUCAAUGUGGAAAACUGAUUGGAUUUGCAAAAAGUGAUCAAUGUAAAGGAUUUCGGGUAUAAUUGUCUUUUUUUCACCUAACUUUUAUCCUAAAUCCAAUGAGAAGGUUAGCAUGUUUGUUGAUUUUACUUUGAGUUCAUGUUAGUUGACAGUCAAAACUAGAUGUUGAACUGACGUCUGUGUCCAGUGGGUUGUGUGAGAGCGACUGACCCUGUGCAUGAACAGGCCCAAUAACCCACACGCUGAGAACAUCAUGAGUAGAGGUGUAGAGGUUCUAGUCUUAUGGAGCUGGACAGAAUGUACCCAAAUGUGCCUGAAAUGAACUGUUUGUCUUCCAAUGUCUGUAUUCAACAUUUGUUCCAAAACAUGCCAAAUAAAGAUACUUUACUUGUUACUUUC